AUGAACCAAGAACAAAAUGCUAAUAUUCUUGAUUCCGAUGAUGGAUAUUAUAUUGCUAGUAUUACAAGAAGAUGGGGUGGACUUUAUGAUAAUGAGUUAUCUGAAAUUGCUAUCCAAAUAUUGUGUCUUGCAGGUGAUGGUGCAUGUACAAGAUGGAGAACAUAUCAGCCUUCUUGCUAG